CACUUCAUUUCAUAGCCUAUUACAUCGGUUAUUGUAGACGUCAUCCCUCCCAAUCCCCUUUGACAGACACACGCCAUCUCCAUCCAGAUUGUUAGGCGGAAAAGUGGGCAGUGAUCAAAUGUGAUUUUAUAUCUGGCGUCACUUUCUCUUAACUCCCUCGUUUCUCACUGAGCCUCAGAGUCGCUCGGACCGCAAUCCAAACUCCCCUCAUACCUGCGCACAGCAUCCAGAGCGGCUUUCCUGUGCAGUCGCACUGCAGCAAGCAGAGUGGAGCUGACGAAGAAUACUUUUUACAGCCUAGAAGUCAAUCCAUCCCGCAUCAGCUGAAAUGCUGCAGAGAAGAAGCCGACAUGUCCAAGUACUUCCACUUCUCAUUGAAGUCUGCCGCCUCACUCUGGCAUUCCCCACACAAACUCCAUCUGCAUUUGAAAAUGUCCGGCAGCUCCAGGUGAACAUCCCUCACUCAGGUCCGGUUUCCGCCCCACUGGGCAGCUCCAUCUCCAUCCCCUGCUUGGUGUCUCUGUCCUCUUUGUCCCCUGUUGCACCGCGGGUGAAGUGGACAGUGGUGUCCGGUGGCGUAGAGACGCAGAUCUUGGUGGCGCGGGGUCAAAGGGUGAAGGUCAACGAGGUGUACAGAGACCGUGCUGCCUGGCUCAACUACACUUCCUCUCCUGAUGAUCUGUCACUGUGGCUGGGAGAUUUACGCUCCAGUGACUCGGGUUAUUACCGCUGCGAGGUGCAGCAGGGCUUGGAGGACGCCAGUGACCUCGUACAACUCCAAGUCAAAGGUGUUGUAUUCCACUACAGAGAUGCUUUGGGCCGCUAUGCGUUUUCUUUCCAUCAGGCCCAGAGGGCUUGUGAGGCCAUUGGGGCACAAAUCGCGACUCCUGACCAGCUGCUGGCAGCUUAUUAUGACGGCUACGAGCAGUGUGAUGCAGGCUGGCUGGCAGACCAGUCUGUCAGGUACCCAAUCCAAGUGCCCCGUGAAGGUUGUUAUGGAGACAUGGAUGGUCAACCAGGAGUGAGAAACUACGGGACAAUGGAUCCAGAUAAUCUAUUUGAUGUUUACUGUUAUGUGGAGGAAGCUGAUGGGGAGCUGUUUUAUAACACCAUCCCACAGCAGUUGUCAUUUGACAAAGCGCAGUCAUACUGCAGAGCUAGAGGAACAGAGCUGGCUACAACUGCACAGCUGUACUUGGCAUGGAGUGAAGGUCUGGAUCAUUGCAGCCCUGGUUGGCUGUCUGAUGGUAGUGUGCGCUACCCCAUCAUUGCCCCAAGAGAGCGCUGUGGAGGGCCUCAGCCAGGCGUCAAAACCCUUUAUCGCUUUAGCAACCAAACUGGCUUCCCAGAGCCAUCCAGCCUUCAUGACAUGUAUUGUUUCAAAGAUAGUAAUACUGCCACCGACUCUCCCAUUGAAUUUGUGGCCACAGAGCCUGAGGACAUUGGACAAGAUGUUGUUAUUCUUAUGGAAACAGAUCAAGAGCUGCAACUGAAGCAACAUUCAGAACAGGUGGAGCUCAAAGCUCAAAGGGUAUUUGAAUCUUUUCCCCUUUUCUCCAGCUCUUCCACUGAGGCAAAUGACACACACCCAACAGUUAGAUCAGACACAACUGAGUCUCCUCUCCACACCACACCAACAGUGAAUCUCCUCCAGGCAUUGAAUGAAACUUCAUCUACCACAGAAAUGAGCUCCCAGCAUCCUACAGCACUUAUGAGCAGCACUAUUAGCACCACAGACACCUACAAUGUCCUACAAAACACAUCAUUACUGCCCAGCGUUUACAAUGAGACAGAUUCCCAACGUAACUUGAACUUCACCUUUCACCAGUCUGAGCCUGAAAGCACCACAGGGUUUCCCGAACCAUCAUAUGAACCUCACACACAUAAUCAAACCGUUGCAGAUACUCAUCCUGAACAGAAUACAUCUGAGAAGCCAAAGGAUUCUCAAGAAAUACAAAAGACCAACUUGUAUUUUGACAGAUCGCAAGGCAAUUAUAGUGAAAAAAACAGCAAUCAUGCCCAAGAGGAGAGCUCCUGGGAGGUGACCUCAAUGACUCUUGACCCCAUAGUUCAAGUGAAGAUGGAGGAGGCAGCAGCAGAAGAAGAUUCUGUAAAGGUGUUACUCUCAACUCAGGCCUCAAAAGAUCAAGGAGAACUUCUUGCACAACCAGCAAAAACUACAAAAUCUUCCAUUAAGGAGAUGACCUUAUUGUGGGCAAUUCUGGAUGGGUCUGGAGAUUUUUCUCAAGAAAGUGAACUUGACAUUGAAGCAGUUGGCUUCAUCUCCACAUCAGAUUCUUCAACUUCCAGCUUUACCACUCUCCCGUCACAUCCUGCUUCUGCUAGCAGUGCUCCUACUGAGCCUCAGACUACAAUCCCUGAUGUCACCUUCUCAUCUGGGUCACAGUAUUCUGACAAACUGGGCUUGGAUAUCCUCACCACAGCACCACAGUUGUGGGAGUCCUCCAUUUCUAGACAAGAGGGAAGUACAAGUUUAGAAUUGGAAGAAACAGUCACUUUGGAAAGUGAAGAAAAACUUGUAUCUGGAGUAAGUUUUGCUACCACUGAGUUUCCAGAGGAAUUGAACACUCCUCAGUUGCCUACUGAUUCCUCCAAAGCCAGGUUUCACACAUCCGGUUACAGACUGUAUUUGGAGACUGUGACCACUGGGUAUGAAGAGGCAAGUGGACAUGAACUUGCCACAGUUACUGCAACCCUUGUAGAAGAUGUUAAAGUUGCCCCAACCAUUAAAGGGGAUGUUAAAGUUAGCCAAAUCAUUGAAGAGGAAAAUAAAAUUACCCCAACUCUUAAAGAGGAAGUUACAGUAACCCCAAUCCUUGAAGAAGAAAAAGAAGUUUCCUUUUUUCUGGACGAAGAAGCUAACGUUGCCCCAAUCCUUGAAAAAGAAGUUAACCUUACCCCAACCCUUAAAGAAGAAGUUAGUGUUACCCCAACCCUUGAAGAAGAAGCUAGCAAUAUUUUAACCCUUGAAGAAGAAGUUAGCGUUAUCACAACCCUUGAAGAAGAAUUAAAUGUUACCCCAACCCUAGAAGAAGAAGCUAGCGUUGCUCCAACCCUUGAAGAAGAAGUUAGUGUUACCCCAACCCUUGAAGAAGAAGCUAGCAAUAUUUUAACCCUUGAAGAAGAAGUUAGCGUUACCACAACCCUUGAAAAAGAAUUUAACGUUACCCCAACCCUAGAAGAAGAAGCUAGCGUUGCUCCAACCCUUGAAGAAGUAAAGAUUACCCCAACACUUGAGGAAGUUAACAUUACCCCAACCCUUGACGAAGAAGUUGACAUUACCCCAACCCUUGAAGAAGAAGCUAGUGUUGCUCCAAUCCUUGAAGAAGAAAUUAACUUUACCCCAACCCUUGAAGAUGAUAGCUUUGCCCCAACCUUUGAGAAGGACUUUAAUGUCUUUCAUCUCGAUUCACAAACAUCUAACUGGGAUCUUCUGACCACCACAACUGGACCCAAGGAGUCUCUGAAUGAUCUUGAGUACAGCAGAAAAAAUCCCUCCAUAACCUCUACAGAAGUUCCUGAGUCUUCCUCAGGUACAAAACCCACUGCUGCUACCACAAAGACGCCCACCACCACCAUCACAACCACCACGCACUGGUCCAGACGCACAUGGAGCCCAACCACCUCAGCACCCAAUGUUUUUCGCAAGACAGCUGAGCCCCGGAAGGUGACAACCUUCAUACCACCUGUGGAUCAAGGUCUGGUGGAUGUUGAGUUUAGUCUCACCCAGCCGCCCACCCUGCUUAUCUUGCCCAAUGAGAGGGCAGCUGUAGGCGGUACAGGGAAAAUUUCAGAUGCAUGUUUGGAUGACCCCUGUCUCAACGGAGGCACCUGUACUGACCGAGAUGGCAAGAUUCAAUGUCUUUGUUUGCCAACAUACGGAGGAGACUUCUGUCACACUGACUUGGAGCGAUGCGAACCAGGUUGGGAUAAGUUCCACGGUUUCUGCUACCGACACUUCAGUCAGCGUCUCAGCUGGGAGGUCGCAGAGCAGCACUGCCGCAUGCUGGGAGCUCAUCUGGUGUCUGUCAUAACCCCUGAGGAACAGAGUUACAUCAACAACAACUACAAAGAAUACCAGUGGACCGGUUUGAAUGAUAAGACCAUUGAGGAUGAUUUUCGCUGGUCUGAUGGCAACCCGCUGCUGUAUGAGAACUGGUACAGAGGGCAGCCAGAUAGCUAUUUUCUGUCUGGAGAAGAUUGCGUGGUGAUGGUGUGGCACGAUGAUGGACGCUGGAGUGAUGUACCCUGCAACUAUCACCUUGCAUACACCUGCAAAAAAGGCACCUCCUCAUGUGGUCCUCCACCCAAGGUCCGAAACGCCUCCAUCUUUGGAAAAGUUCGACAAAGAUACGAGACCAACGCAGUUGUACGUUAUUACUGCGGCAACGGUUUCCAGCAGAAACUAAAUCCUCUGACCAGAUGUCUGUCUACAGGAAGGUGGGAGAGGCCCAGGGUCCUGUGCAUCCCUGAGGCCGGAGGUUCAAUUCAACACCCUGUAGUGACGUCACUGUCCAGCAGCAACUCUGCUGCCAUUGAAGAGGAGUUUGAAGCCACUAAAGAGACACCACAGUAUUGGGACAUCAAGUUUUGAAAGUUAGCCAUGCUUUCCUUCUUUGUCUUCAUUUCCCAAAUUCUGCUGUUGUAACAUAACAAGGUGCCAAGAAUCAAAUCCUUUUUACCAAUGAACGCUCAAACAGGACAAAAUGAACCACAGCAAAAUGCAAAAAGACACAAACUGAAGCUUUGUUUCAGCCAAGAAGCCUAAAUGCACAACUAGGCUUUGUUGUCUUUUAAUGGAGUUAAACAUUCCUACUUUUGGAUGACCUUUAGAAUAUUUUCUACUGUAUUUUGUUUUAUCGUUCUGACUAGCAGAGCGCAAAAUAGGUUAAGUAAAAAGAAAGAAGAAAUACAAUAAAGUCCUAAUUAUUGUCUACUAUUGUAAAAUCUACGGAAAUAACUGUUCUCUUUGUGAUUUUUGUUAUACCAGGAACCUUUUUAUGAAAUGGUGCUAUUGUCUUUAAAAACUUUUGUCUCGAACCAAGAUUUUUGUUUUCCCUGCUUUGUCAAAGAAUCGUAUGACUCCAAAGCUAAACAAAUAGUCAAUAAGUACUUUACAUAUAUUCAUUUUCACACUUGUUAUUACUGCUGUCCACAUUCUUCUGAGGGAAACCUUUUUUUUUCCAGCAGACGCAGUUUUGUUCGUCAGCUUUAUGUUGUAAUAAAGUUUUGUAGAACAGAGCAAAGAAUAAAUCGUUCUCUAAUGUUACCUUU